UGUCACAUGACUGCUUAUCAGCUGAUUCUGUGCCCUACUGAGGACUAUGAGGAUCACGACGGAGAAAUUGCGUUUCAAAUAAGAUCCUUCUGUUCCGUAAUUUAAGAUCUCGGAAUAUAAUAUUUUUUGGAGCCCAUUGGAUUAGUAUAUUAUAGGUGAUUUGAAGAAAAGAAGAUGUCGUCAAAAGACCGUAUCGACGUUUUUCCAUCUAGAAUGGCACAGACCAUUAUGAAGGCCCGACUGAAAGGAGCCCAAACCGGGAGGAACCUGCUCAAGAAAAAGGCUGAUGCCCUUGCCAUGCGCUUUAGGCAGAUCCUUCGGAAAAUCAUCGAGACUAAGACUUUGAUGGGAGAGGUCAUGAGAGAGGCUGCCUUCUCUUUAGCAGAGGCCAAAUUUGCUGCUGGGGAUUUCAGCACUACGGUCAUUCAGAAUGUCAACAAAGCCCAGGUGAAGGUCAGAGCAAAGAAGGACAAUGUUGCAGGUGUUACCCUUCCUGUUUUUGAGCAUUACCAGGAAGGAGGCGACAGCUAUGAGCUGACUGGUCUGGCCAGAGGAGGGGAGCAGGUGUCCCGGCUGAAGAAGAACUAUGCCAAAGCCGUGGAGCUGCUUGUGGAGUUGGCCUCCCUGCAGACAUCGUUUGUCACACUGGAUCAAGCCAUUAAGGUCACCAACCGCCGUGUCAAUGCCAUUGAGCAUGUGAUUAUUCCCAGGAUUGAGCGCACCCUGACCUACAUCAUCACGGAGCUGGAUGAGAGGGAACGAGAGGAGUUCUACAGGCUGAAGAAGAUCCAGGAGAAGAAGAAGCAGCAGCGCGAGAGGACGGAGCUGGAGAUCGCCGCACGUCUAGCAAAGCUGGGGCCCGUCGCCGAGCCUUCUAACAUGCUUACCGACGAGACCGAUGAAGAUAUGCUCUUUGAGUAGAAUUUUCCGGCAUUGGCGAGUGCGGGCAGAUGCCUGCCCUUACCACCUCCCAUCGUCCUCAUUCCCUGACAGGGCUUUAUCUAAGUCCUAUGGUCUUAUUUAUUUCUGUGCCUCCGUGGCCAAACAGAACGUCUUGUGUAAAAAAGAAAAAGAAAGUAUUUUCUCUUCUCAUGUUCGUUUUGUUUUGAGUGUAUGUUCACGUCUGUAAUGUCGGUUUGCUUUUUUGUUUUGCUAUAUUGUUUACAAUGUGCAUUUGGGGGGGUUUGAGUGUCCACAUUAGCACACACAAGCAGGAUUGCAGUAGUGUGCUACGCACAGCAUUCCCACCUAUCUAUACACAAUAGCUUUGUGGUCCUAUUGAAGAACACAUACUACAUUUGGAGCUCUUAAAUCUCUCUCUAUAAAUACAUGUAUAUGUUCAAUGGUUAAAGGGAACGGUUCAGACACAAACUACCACGGUAGAAACAUUCCAUGCAAAUACUUGAGUGUACUUGUGUAACUGCGGUCACCAUCACAGCUACAGUUGCAACUUCGGACAGUAUUGCAUGUUAUUUCACUGUGUAGUAGAAUGGUGCAGUCUUCCUUUAGUGAUGUGGUACUGUUCAAAUAGUGAGACAUUGUUUCAAAUCGUUGUCUCCUUGGUUCUUUUGGCUCCCUGAUUGGAUAAUUGUUGAUGUUUAUACUUCUCACCCUGCCGUGGUUUCUGUAGUGUCUGUGCCUCCAUUACCUGUCAGAAAAGAUAUCAACAAUUAAACUGGAAUCAGACGACA